AUGACCAUUACGACUUUGGGCACUGCCGCCCACAUUUCGCCCACCGUCAUCCGCACCGUCUUCAACCACUUCUACGCCAAGCUCAAAAAGGCAAAAGAGGACCGCCACAUCGAGGCCACCGACGAGCUCCUGUUCGACGAGGCCUUCAACAUCGUGCGCAGCUUCAUCGAGCUCGCCACCCACGACACGGUCGAGUCGCUCCAGAGGUUUGCAAACACCCACGUCCCCGCCGCGCCAUGGGCCAUCUCGAUCCCCACCAUGGUGCCCAUGGAGAGCUGCAACCAGGCCGCAGAGAUCCUCAAGCAGUACUUUGGACCAAAGGACCUCAAGGACCUCAUCGGCGGAGAAAAGUGGUGGCAGAUCCGCAGCAUCCCGGGCGUCCAGGCCGAGUGGAUCGCCCAGACCUCCGACUGGAAAAAGGCCAGCAAGAUGGAGAGCGACAAGGGCAAUCCUGCCUCGACUGCUCACAAGCGCAACAAGCGCAACGCCCGCCACGAAAAGUCGCGCAGCUUCACCUCCCGGAUGUCUGGCUCCGCCAACGCCGCGGCCAGCGAAGCGGCGGCCGCCCCGGAUUCCGACGACAGCGACGAUGAUGGCGCGCGCCGCAGCAGCAAGAAGGAGGUGCCGCGAUCCGAAGAGAUGGACCGGCUGCAGAGGACGUGCCUCUACCUCCACGGCGGCGGCUAUUACUUCGGCAGCAUGUCGACCCAUCGGUACCAGGUCGUUCGCUUCGCUCGCAAGUUCGGAGGGCGCUGCUUUGCCCCCAUCUACCGCAAGGCGCCCCAGUACCCCUGGCCGGCCCCCUUGCUCGACUGCCUGGCGUCCUACCUCUUCCUGAUCCGGCCGCCUCCUGGAGCGAAGCACAAGGCAAUCGACCCCAGCAAGCUCGUCAUCGCCGGAGACAGCGCCGGAGGCGGCCUUUCGUUGGCUCUGCUCACCAUUCUUAGGGACAUGGACCUGCCCAUGCCGGCAGGAGCCGUCCUCAUCUCGCCGUGGUGCGACAUGACCCACUCUUUUCCGUCGAUCCUGCAAAACACCGCUACGGACAUCAUACCUCCUUACGGGUUCAUCCACAAGCCAUCCACCCUCUGGCCAGUACCUGGCAUCGAAACCGACGAAGGCCCGGACUCGCCGGAACGAAAAGUGCCGAUCGGAGUCGAAGGAGAUGGGCCGGAUACCACCAAGAGCAGAAGGCGAAGCAGGAGCUCGCAGCGCCGCCGCAGCCUCUCUGCAGCUCGCAAGAGCGAGGAUGCCGGGGACAUGACCACAUCCAAGAACCCACGCGAACAGGCGGUCAAGGGAGCCAGCGGGGAUCGCUCCUACGUCAACGGCGUGCCGCCGCCGCCCAAGCUGCUCUACUCGGAGCCGAUCGAGGUGCGGACCGAGGACCCGGACAAGGCCAACAUCCAGCUGCGCAGCCAGAUUCAGCUCUAUGCCACCAACGCCCAGCUCACGCACCCGCUCUGCUCGCCGAUUCUGCACGGCUCGCUGGGCGGCCUGCCGCCGCUCUACAUCAUCGCUGGCAACGCCGAGGUGCUGAGGGACGAGAUCAUCUACCUGGCCCAUCGCGCUGCCAACCCUCGACGCUACCCGUUGCGCGCCGAUCUGCUCGAGCGCAGCGAGCGGGCUCGGCAGAACGCCGCUCGGUUCGACGACCAGCCCACCAAGGUGCACCUGCAGGUCUACGACGACAUGUGCCACGUCCUGACGCUGUUCGCCUUCACCACCCAGUCGCGCUUCGCCUACCGGGCGAUCGCGUCUUUCAUCAAGCACGUCACGGGCGCUCCGACCAACGUCAAGGAACCCUUCCCCGACGUCGCCGAGGGUGACUUUGGGCCGGAAGACACCUCGCAGAGGUCUGGGUCGGAGGUGCUGUCGCCCUACCCCACCGCAAGCUCAUCUGGCGCCGGCGCAUACGUGGCGAGCCCCGAGCAUUCAGCGAACAACUCGACGCAGGCGUCCAGGCAGGCAAGCCAGACCAUUUUCCCCGCCCUCAGCCGUGGCCUUACGCCAAUCGACACCUCGGUCGCUCAUGCAAACGGCCUGCAGAACGGCACGAUCGACUCGCCCUAUCGGUCCGCUUCGCGCGAUGCGCCGCUCACAGGCACGACCACCAAUGGGUCGAACCCGGCAUCGGCCGCCGCCGACAAACCGGCGAUGCUGAGCGUCGACAGCCCGCUGACCGCUACCUCGGAGGCCAUCGUUCGGGAGCAGAAGCGAAGGGCGAGCUCGAUUGGCGUGGGCAACGAGUACACGGGACAGGUGCCGCUCACCCGGCCUUCGUUCCAGAGCUACAUGAUCCGGGAGCGCGUCAACGUCAAGGGCUUCCUGCGGCCGCUGGAGCCCGAGUCGGAGCUGCAGGCGCUGCGCAUGGAUGCAAACGAGGUCGGCCGGAUCAAGGAAGGGCCGUGCCAGAGGUAUCUCUCGGGUCAGGAGCUGUGGUCCAAAAAGUUUGAAAAGACGGCACGCAAGGUGGAAAAGCAGCGGGCCAAGAACGAAGAGACGGCGCAGAAGCUCCUGGAGCGCGCCGCAUCGCUCGGCCUUCUCAAGCCGAGCAGGCACGAACUCGACCAGGGCGUCCUGGAGUCGGACGAAGGCGUCUGGUCCGGACUGGGCGCACUGGGUCCGCUAGAGCUGGUCGACGAGACACCGCCUCCGAGCGCGCUGGCGGGACGUCGCGAUACCGAAGAGGCGCUCAACCUGCUGCGCACCAUGCUCUACGUGCGGGCCGAGCAGCGGGGGGUCAAGAAGUCGAAGCUCAAAAUUCGAUCCGCGCCUCGCCACAGCAACGCCGAGAAGCCGGCUGAGGGGCGGACGCGGUACGGCCUCAAGCUGUGGAACAAGCUCAUGGUGCGGGGCGGGCUGCAGGCGAGCGACAGGCGCAAGAGGGAGAGGGAGGGCCUGCCGGACGUGAGCGUGGCCGAUGACCAUGGCUACGUCGACAACCUUCGCCAGACCAACCUGCGGAGGUCGAUGUCGGAACGACGCCCGGACGGCGGCAACCACGGCGGCUGGGCGACGCAGGACGAGGAGGAAGGCGAGGGGGCUGCGCUUGCUGCACCUAGUGGCAGCGCGGGUGGCGGUGGGGAAACGGAGAGGGCCUCGACUGCAGCGGCGUGA